AUGCCCCAUUCCGCGCUACUCAUCUUAAAUACAUCCGUUGUCUGUCACCUAUCUCAGCUACUUUUCGUCUUCUUUUCUGUCUGCCCUAUAAGGUGCCUUUCACCUAUUCAUGUUCCGCUUUGCCGCGUAGCCAGUAAACUACUCCGACAACUAUCUGGUAUGCCUGUACGCAGCAAUGAGCCACGAAGACCACCAAUCCUUUACUCCUGCGGUGGACCCCUAUCUACCCAAUACAAUUUCUCAGCUUGGUAAUCCCUCUGGAGAUUCUACUGCAAGUCCAUCUCGGUCAUUGGGCUCUACACGAAAACGAGCGCCAUUGGCCAGUGUCGCCUGCCAGGAUUGUAGAAGACGAAAGACAAAGUGUGAUGGCAAGAAACCUGCUUGCAGUAACUGCACCAAACGAGGCGUGACGGCCUGCACAUAUGACCUGGAGCCAAACCAGUCUCGAGUUGCUGCUUACAAACAGAAGAUCGAACAGCAAGCGGCUCUGAUCAAAGCAUUGGAAGAAGAGAUACAAAUGCUCAAGAAUCCAUCCUCACGGACAGAAGCCACGGUUGGAGCGUCAGAAUACGAGACGUUUCAGUCUUCGUCUAAACAUUCUGGUGGAGUUCCAAUGCGGUUUUUGUUAAACCCUGCUCCUGAGCCAAAUCGAUUGUCCUCUGGCCAUAGUGUAGACGGACCUGGAUUACCUGCGCCCGAACCAGCGCCACCUCCUUUGGCGGAGAGGAUCAGGAGAGACGCUGAACAUCUGGAUCGUGUGCGCACCCUCGAGGAGGAGAUCCACUUGAUGAAACAGUUGAUGUCUUUCACCAAUGGACUGGAUGACCGGGACAAGGCGAACCAAAUGGCCAGGGAAAUCGAGGUUCACGGUAUCUCGGAUCCUCUCCUCCACGAGGCUCAGCAUCUGUUCGCCUCGCAAGUAAGGAGAUCACCUCUUGCAAACUUACAGAACAAAGCCAAAGCUGAAUAUCAGCAAUCCCCUGGACGUGCUGCAGAGAGUUCACGACCAAUACCAUAAAGACCUGGGCCUUGAUAGAAUAUUAAAUGAUUAGACGAAAGGCUCGGCAAGACGAUGCCACAAGUAAGAGAUUUACCCGACCGUGCAUAGGAAAUGUCUCUGGUCGAAGUCUGUUCAAUAUGACAGUUUGCUCAGACAUACCAAGUAUUUGCAUGUGAAUCCGGAAAUCCUGACCUGAGUGCGGACAGGGUGUGAAAAGAUCAGAAAAUCGAGCCUCAACUCAAGAAAUUGACCUCGUAGAUUUCGCCAAUCGAGCCGGGAACACGUGGACAAA